AUGACACUUGAAGGCGUAAGGCGUUUUGGAAGGCGCGUCUCGAAACAAAUGUCCAUAAACCGUGCGCCGUUUGAGUACAAGAGACGUGGUAACAAGAAGAAGCAGCCAAUGGCAGCAAGAAGAGCAGUGUAUGAUCUUUUGGAGCAAGCAGAGGCUGAUUAUGCCAAAGGAGAAACAGAUAUGGCCAUCUAUAGGCUAACGCGUAUUCUCUCUAGCUGGGAAAAGGAAAACACUGAGCCAUUUGAGCCUCUUCCAACCCAAGAGGCACCAAAAACCUUCUCUUUGGGUGACUCCAUGAAGACUCUUCCGGACAUUCCCGUGCGGAUCAUCGGACCCCGUGCAAGCUCGAAUAUCGGGAUGUCAACAGAGCCGGGCACUGUAGCCUCGGGUCCACAGAGCCGGGUGCGAAAGCUGCUUGUCCGAAGUAAUUUAAACUUCUCAAUUGCGCCUCAGGGGUACGACGUUCUGUCUAGGCGGUUAGAAAGGGCGAAUCCUCAUUGCACAAGUUACAACCACGUGAGAAAUAUGGAAACUGCAAAUACCCAAAAUACGGAUGGCGUUCAUUGUGAUUCCAGUCUCGAUAACACCGCUCUCAACGUGGACCCUCAGGUUUUCGAGUUUUCUGACAUGGUUGAACGGUCCUUUAACCUUCUCAGUAUUUCCGACUCUAUUGCGAUACUCGAGGACGACACGACGCGCUUCGAGGGCCGCGACUAUUCACACAGUCCAGCAUCUGAAACUAUAUUGAGUAAGAGUCUGAAUUACUGA